UGCGCGCUUGGGAGUCAUCACCAUGCAAACGUUGAUUACAUAAUAUUACACUUUGCCGACAUGCACGUGUCAUUUCACACCUUGAUUCAAGUUGUUCGAAGCGUUUUAUAAGCACAAUAUCUAGCAGAUUCAAGGUCGCUCAACGUUGUUGAUGGCAGGCGACUUGUUCUCAUCGACACCCCUACUACUUCCCCUCGUCUUAACUUGGAUAGUGCCAGUGCUUGCUCAUGAACAUCACGGAGCAGACCUUACAGAAGAACAACUGCAUGCCCCAGUUGAUGCCGUUCUCUGGAUCCAUAUUGCCCUCCAAGCUAUCGUAUGGGGUUUCAUAUUCCCAGUAGGUAUGGUCCUUGGACUUGCGCGAAGUAGAUGGCAUGUUCCAGUACAAAGUCUCGCCUUUGCCCUGACUUUUGGUGGCAUAGUCCUCGGCCAUGCACAUGGCGGUCGACAGUUCCCUUCUUCUGUCCACUCCCAUAUCGGAUCAUGGAUUUUGGUCCCUAUCUUCGCCCAGCUGGGCCUUGGAAUCUAUCUCAAGCUUCAUAUUCAUGAACGUACCCUACGACCAUACGCUGUGCGCGCCCAUGGCAUCCUAGGACGUGUAUGGCCCAUUCUUGGUUGGGUUCAGGGCUUGUUUGGCGUUAUCACGCUAAGGGGAUUCUGCGGCGAGGUGGGAGCUGGACAAUGUGCUGCGCACUAUAUUAUGGGAAGUGGAUUCAUUGGCUAUGGUAUGAUAAUGGCGCUUUUACUCGUUGUCGGGGACAACUGGGUCCGCCGCAGCGGCCGUAGCCCAGAAUGGUGGGAUUCCUGGGUGAUUAUGCUUUGGGGCAUAGUCAAUACAUUCACUGAGCACCACGGUGGUGAAUGGAGUGUGAAAGAUAUGCAGCAUACGAUUCUUGGGAUACUCUGGUGGGCGGGGGGCGCUCUUGGCAUCUUCCUGUCUCGGAAUAAUCAGCGAAAUGUUGUCCCCGGCGUGAUCAUAAUAUUAACAGGAUGGGCUAUGUCUGACCAUGCCCAGGCUCUGAUGUUGUCCACGAAGGUUCACUCCAUGUUUGGAUACUCGCUGAUGCUCGCCGGCUUUGCACGUGUCCUUGAGGUUUGUUUCAUACCGUUGCCAUCCUCACCCCUACCGGAGAGACCUCCACUGGAUGACAAUGAUUCAGAGCACACCCUGGCACCCUCUGCGCCCAAAGAUACUGGUGUUGCCGCGAAACUGAAUGCCGUCCGGGCAUUCAGGCACUUGCCGCCACCAUGCUUGCUUCUUAACUGUGUAUCCAGGUUACUUUUUAUGUCUGCUACGGAUGAGGAACUCGAAGCUGCUCACGAGGAAGGGAUAGAUCACGUCACAUAUGUACUGUCGAUGUAUAGCAUCGCGUUCCUGUUCUACCUCCUCACUGUCUUCUUGCUGCACCUUUACUCCGCGUCUGGGCGGAACGCAUCGUCUGUGCAGCAGCCCAAUGUUGUUUUUUCCGCCGAGGGCAUUGAGCUGUCGAAUACGGAUGCAAGUAAGUGGUAUACGCCUCUAUCAAGGGAGGAAGGGACAUCGGCACCAGCGCAUGUACUUGGAGAAGACGAAGAUGAUUGAUGUCUCGAUGGCAUGCUUGGUCGUAGCACUGGAUGACUUCGCGCGGUGUUUAGAACCUCGUUAUUUAAUCUAAAGUAUCUCAUCAAAUGGCCGCCUUCUCGCCUUUGCCGUUAGCUUUAGCAAUUGGUUCCCCCUAACAUGCAGACAAAUGGGGGUCCGUCGUGUCUAAGCCUGCUUUAUUUUUCAUCGUUUGAUUAGUCUCAA